AGCCAGGCACGCUGGGGCAGCUGCACGUCAGCCAUGGGUGCUGUCAGAUUGACCUUGCAGCAAAAUCUGCUUGAGGCAGACAUAUGAUGUGGUUUGCCAGAGCCCGACAGCCCCUCGGUCCCGCAGGCAGCAGAGCAUCCCCUGGGGACAUGUGCUCAUCCCUGGCUGUGCCGGUGGCAUGGUCACGGCUCCCCAGGCUGGUGGGGCUGGGUGGAUCUGGCAGGCGAGGCAGCUCCGUCCCUGGAUUUCUGCAGCUUUUCAUGUUGUUUCCUCCCCUCCUGCCCCCACUCCAGUUUUAUCAGCUCUGUUGAAAUAGGUCUCUGGAGGGAAACCCAUUGGCGCGGCGAAGCCUUGGCAGGAGCAGAGCGGAUGUGGCCUGGCCGGGUGUCCCCGCGGGGUGGCGGGCAGCUGCAGGCAGCUGUGCUGGCAGGAAGCCGCGCAGACGUCCCACUCCGGGACCUGCCUGUGCCCCACCUCGCAGGUGGGGAAACUGAGGCACGGCCCUGCCAGUGCAGCCACCUUGCUGGAGCCACGGCAAUGAAUGGGCACGCUCUGCCAGCCGGCACGCCAGCGCAUCCCCGGGGCUGGCAUGAGUUCUGCGAGCUGCACGCCAUCAGCACCGCCAAGGAGCUGGCGCGGCACUACCUGCGCUUCGCCACUGAGCACCCGCACCAUGACCUCCUGGCCGCCGAGAACUUCUCGGUGCAGUUCACCGACCUCUUCCAGCAGUACUUCUGCCAUGAGGUGAAAGAGGGCUUUGCCAUGAACCAGCUCCGCAUCCUGCCCACCGGCCCGGCACGGGAUUACCGGGAGACGCACCGGCGGCACACAGAUGCCCCUUUGGGCACAGUGGCCACCAAAGCUGAGGCAGAGCCAGGCGUCCACCCCGAGCAGCCCAGCCGAAGCCCCGAGGCUGCCCCGGUGGGGCUGCACAAGUCCUGGAGCUCAGAGGAGCUGGCUGGGCCAGCACGGCGGCCCUUCUCGCUCAGCCAACUGCGCAGGAGCUGGCGCAGCCUCUUCCGACGCCGUUCCUCCGAUGCCCUCCCCGGGGAUGGCGAUGGGGAGGCUGCGGCAGAGGUGGCUCUCAAGCCGGGACUGGGCAAGCGCAUCCUCCCGUGGGGACUGUCGCGGGAGCAGCCCCCCGAGGUGCGCAAGGAGGGGCUCCUCAAGUACGGGCUGCUGGACGAGACCUCCCUGGACAGCGGGACACGCUGGCAGCGCUGCCGCCUGGUGCUGCGGCGAGCGGGGAUGCCUGACAGCGAGGAGUACGUGCUGGAGCUCUUCGACCCGCCCAAGGGCUCCAAGCCGAAGCUGCACGCUGCCUGCUCUGCCGUCCAGGAGGUGCGGAGGUGCACGCGCCUCGAGAUGCCCGAUAACAUCCACACCUUCGUCCUCAAGGUCACCAACACCACUGAUGUCCUGUUUGAGGCAGGGGACGAGCAGCAGCUCAGCUCCUGGACGGCCGCCAUCCGGGAAUGUGCGCGCAGGGGGUCUGACACGGGUGACCCCGAACUCCUGGUGUGCCGGCACCCUGACCCCACGGCUGCCAGCCCCACCACCAGCACUGACACUCUCAGCCAAGCAGGGGCGACGCCGGGGGACCCGGGGGAGGCGGCAGGGCCGAAGAUGGAGCAGUUCCUCUCCUCCUGCCCCUGGUUCCAUGGGCCCAUCUCCCGCGUGAAGGCGGCUCAGCUGGUGCAGCUGGGGGGGCUGGAGGGCCACGGUGUCUUCCUGGUGCGGCAGAGCGAGACGCGUCGCGGCGAGUACGUGCUCACCUUCAACUUCCAGGGCAGAGCAAAGCACCUGCGGCUGGCGCUGACGGAGCGGGGCCAGUGCCGCGUCCAGCACCUCCGCUUCUCCUCUAUUGUGGAGAUGCUGCACCACUUCCAUCGCUACCCCAUCCCGCUGGAGUGCGGGACAGCCUGUGACGUCCGUCUGUCCAGCUACGUCGUCGUCCUGCCCCAGCUGCAAGCUUUCUCAUUACUGUUUACACACCGCUCGUGCCUGCAUCCCUGCGUGCCAAGCAUCGCGCUGUCGGGCUCGGUCUCACACCUGUCCCUGACACGACAGUGCCCAGCGAAGGAGCCAGAGUCUUGCGUUACACUCACUUAAUUGGAGAAAGGAAAAGAAGAAAAAAAAGGAAAAAAAUAAAAAUUAAGAAAAAAAAGAAAAAAAUAAUUUUAAAAAAAGUGGAUUAUAAUUUCAUCAACCAGUUGCUGCUCUGGGCCACACACAGGCGAAGAUGAGCCCCGUCCUCCUGUCCCAGCACCCUCCUGUCCCAGCACGUGCUGCCGCUGCUGAACGCACCAGCAAAGCCCGACUUGCCGGAGCUGAGCUCCCACGUCGGGUGAAGAUGACGAUUGUGAUCAGAGUUUGGGCUUUGUUGUUAAAUAAGGCAAAAACUGGCUUUUCUUGUUCUUCUUUUUUAACCUAGCACAGUUGCAGUCACUGCCUGCACCAGCUGGAGGAAUCCUUACACCAUUAGCCUUGCUAAUUAAGAUGUGAACACUAACUGCUCCAUCAUUAAUAAUGUCACUAGCUGAGAACUAACACGGAGACUGACAGCAGACCGCUCCUCCUGGUGAUGGAGGCAUUUUAUCCUGGUGAUAAAGGCGUUUUAUCCCGGUGAUGGAGGCAUCUUAUCCCAGUGAUGGAAGCAUUUUAUGCACAAUCUAAAGUAAUUUUGUUUUUCCCCAAAAGAUUUUUUUUUCACCUUGCCAGUGCAGGUGGCUGCCCACCCCACUCUUGCUUGCCUCCCCCCCUGCCCAAAACACUGUGUAAUGAGGAGUGUGGGGGUAUUUUAAGCUAUGCAACAGCCUCUGGCAGGUGAGGGGGGGUCCCUUUGGCAUACCCCUCCCUACCUGGAGGAAAAGCCUCUCCCAGCCAUCUCCCCCCAAGCCUGCAGAGGGGCUGCGCCCCCCGGCAUGGCUUAGGUAGAGGAGGCCGGAGGGUCACAACUCGGCGGCUGGAAUUACACACACAGCGGGCGCUUCAGCCUGUUCGCUGCGCGCAUCUCGCCCUAGGAGCUUGCACAGCGAGCCACGUGCCGAGCACUGCUCCAACUCCUGCAGGAACAACCGUGCAGCCACCAAAUCCCCAGGGCUCAACAUCCCCCCGUCCCUGGCAAAGGGAGAGCAGCACCGGAGCCAGGAGCUUGGCUGCGCCCCAACUUCCACGGCUGCUUCCAGCCCUGGUGCCACUUUACCUGGGGCAGCCAGCGCGGCCACGCCGGGAGAGGAACCACUUCUUAGAAGCUGCCGUUAUUUUAAGAAUAAGGAAGGGGCUGGAGCCCUUGCGACACACAGGAGGGGAUGUUCGCAGAGUUCAACUUCCAGAUUUCUCAGCGCAGCCGGUGCGACACUCCCUGGGAUUUCGGAUGCAAGACUCGCCUUGAAAUUGCUUUAGAGGAAAGCCUUUUCUUUUUAUUUCCCUUGAAAUGGCAAUAGAGGUGGGAACCCUCAGGAGCGUUAACGUUUAGGAAUGAAUUUACAAGCACACAAACACAAAGCUUCCUUGGGGCCAAGCUAGGGAGUUUUGCAAAAAUCCAGCCCCUAGGCAGGGCUUUGCUGUUAAGCCUGGUGAGCCCAGUCAGUAGUGGAAGCCCAAGGAGCCCAGUUCUGCUCAAGGUCAAGCACUGAAGAUCAUGGUGCUGUGCUGGGCUGGCCCAGAAAGGGCCGAUGGAGCGCAGGCAGGAGCCAGGACCAGGCAGGGCUAAAACAGCCAGGGCCAAACACAGCCCAGGGAGCAGCCGUGAGAGCAAGUCUGGUUUUAUAAGUAGUAGUCAAAGUACAAGGGCUGGGAGAAACAGGAUACCAUCGGCUUGAGAAACCAUUUUGGAUUUGCGUUUUGUGCCUCCUAUCCCUUGCCUCAUUCCUCUCCUGGGCUGUCUUUGUGCAUUUAGAGCAGGCAAAGCCUUUCCCCCCUGUGCCUUCUCUGUUUAAAGCAACUUGAGAAUGGGUGCAUGGGGAGGAAUUCUCUGUUUCGGGGGGACACCAGCAUUUCCCGGCACUCAGCACAUGCCGUUCGUUGCACACUCACUCUUGAAACCGGAGCAUUAAGAGCAAAUUGCACUGGCCGGUUGCACCUCCAGCACUGCCAAACCCAGAGAGGCUGCUGGAGAAACAAAGCCAGCCCUGUCCUCAGCUGGAGCUUCUCAGCCGUAUCCGCAUCCCAUUUUCCUCCCCAGCGCAGCACAAAGGCUGCAGCGAACAGCAGGAGUGUAUACCGGGGCUGCUUUGUGCCAGGCGAGUCAGCUCCCUCCAUUGCUAAUAAAUAACUCCCCGUGGUCUUGCGUUUGUGGGGAUGGAGAAGGGAAGGGGAGGAAGCAGAGCACAAGCUGUCAGCUCCUCUCCUUGCUCGGUGCACGGUUCCUGGAGCACGCACACCUGGGAAAAUGCUUGCAUGUGCUAAAUCUUGCUAAGGUUCAAAGAGCUGAUUUUUAGUCCUGCUGAGCUGCAGGCAGCCACAUUAAAAGGAGGCAUUCCCCAAAAGAUGAGGUGGUCUCACCCAAAUCACCCUAUGCUCAGAGCAUCUGCAAGGAAGAAUGGGCUGGGAAAAGGCAUUGGUAUUCACAGCCGGUGCAGCCCUUGGCAGAUCAAUCCGAUGCUGGUGCUGCUGGGAUGGGUUGUUUUGGCGCGCUGGGGCUUAUUGUUCGAGCGCCAACAACUAAACAUGCACACACGUGUGGUAUUUUUAACCUGCAGUUUAAUUGCAAGGGGUUUCUCUGUAGUUGAAAUGGAAAUUGCUGUGCUUGAUUAGCAAAAUAUCUGAGUUCAUUAUCACCCCGUCAGCCUCUUCCCCUGCACAGACAAACUCUGGUGGAUGCGAACGCCCAUUCUCCCCACCAGUGAGUGGUGGGAAAAGUCUGAUUAUUUACAUAGUUAUUUAAUAGUUAUUUCCAUCUCACACCUCACCAAGGUGGCCAUGGGCUGGCCAGCCACCCAGCUCCACCACCUCCCCACCUUAUCCUCCGCUCGGACCUGCUGUGGUCCUGACCCCAGCUGCACCGAGACCCGAGGUGGGGUGGGGGGUGGCCUAUUUCCCCAGCUCCUGGAGGACCGAGUUUCAAAUCCCGUUUCUCCUAGAAAGCAUCUGGCUUGCAACCCAGGUCAGAGCCUGACCUGCAGCCCUACCUCUGCUCCUGCCAGCGCACUUGGCGACGUGAAUCCAGCCCGUAAGGUACAGCAGUGGGCAGAGAGCAUUAAGCCAUUCCAUUCCUAUGGAAUAUAAGAAACUUGAUGGAAUUUUUAUGUUCUUCUAAUAACUUGGAAAAAGAGCCUAGGACUUUGCAGGUUUAGUUCCCCAGCCCAUGUGGGCCUUUAUUGGCAUUUAUGAAGGAUCAGCAGAGUUUUGGGAGGAGGGGAAGCCAAGGGCAGACCCCCCGCACAGCUGCAGGUACGGCCACCUCCUGGGCUCCCACGGAUGAGAAGGAGCAUUUCCUAGAGUUGAAAUAAAGUCAGACGUGACCACCGGCUUGUGCCUUGGCCCCGGAGCUGGGCAUGUGCCACACCAGUUCAGACCCAAUGUAACAAAGCCAGGACGCCAGUGGCAGCACUGGCCGGUACCCCAUGAUUGCUGCAGCCUCCCCAGGACAGGGCUGCCCCAUUCCAGCCGGCACGUGGGGACAGUUGGUUUUGGCAAGAUGCCGUCACUCUCUGGGAUAGCAGGGACCUGGCUUAGCGCAGAACCUGCCAGCUGGGUCCAGCCAGAACUUCCCCCCCAUCUCCAUCUCACACCUGGGAAACCACUUGCUGUUUGCUGGCAGACCCUCCCCCUGGGUGGCCUCUGCCUGUCCAGAGGGGUUAGUGGUUCUGAAGAUCAGGACAUACAGCAUUAUUUAACCUCUUCAUCCCUCCCUCCCUCCUGCACCCCAGCCCUGAGGAAUGGCAGCAGGUUACCAAACACUGACACCACCGCCGCCUCACCCGUCUUUUUUUGCAUUAAAACUAUUCUGGGGCAAAACUUUGUGGAAUAGGUCCAGGUGUAGGGUGAGGCCAAAGCUCAUUUCUUACAGCUCUGGACCACAGAACGCUGCUGUCAUCCAGCCUGCGCAGUUUUAUUCUUAACAAGCAUAUAAAGCCUUGAAAUCUCGACUAACAGGUUUGAGUACAGUAUUCCAAAUUUUAAUUUAAGCUGGUUCGAUCCGAACACACCCAACCUUCGCCAGCAACUCCAGAGGCCGGGAGGAGACUGUGCGUUCUCUAACUCAGCCUUUAGCAGGAUGAUUAAAGCCAACGUUUUGUUGGAUGAGAAGCAUAUUGAUUUGAAAGUUCUACUUUUCACCUGCACAGAAGAGUUGUUCUUGUAUAGUAGGUUUUUCUAUAUAUUGUUUCUGUAUGUACUGUACAAGUAACUUAUUCUUGAAUAAUGCAAUUUUACCAUAAUAUAAAAAAAAAAUUCUGCUCUUAAUAAACUGUUUUUAGAACUUUUUUUCUCA